AUGCUCAGCGAAAGCUACCGUCGGGCAGCGACCGUGAACCUCACAUUCGACUUUCCCUUCUACGGACAUCCGAUCAACAACGUGACGAUCGCCACCGGAGGCUUCCUGUAUGUGGGCUACAAGCUACACAUGUGGCUUGCGGCGACCCAGUACAUAGCUCCUCUGAUGGCUAAUUUCAAGGCGUCGGUAAACUCCUCCGAGUCUUCCCUGAAGUAUUACGAUAACGGAACGGUGUUUGUUGUCGAAUGGCGUAACGUCCAACUCGAAGACUACAGAGAGGCGGGCAAUUUCACUUUCCAAACCAUCCUCCACAAAAACGGAGAUAUCGUCUUCGUCUACAAGAGCAUCCCCAUUCCGAUUUCGAAUAUCACCGAGAAGAACCAUCCAGUGAAGAUUGGAAUAUCGGAUGCCUACCUCUUCCAGCGCGUCAUAUAUCUUCUGAAACGCAAAACCAUCUACGAGUACCACUCGAUCAACAAGAAGACGGACCAGGUCCGCUCGAACUCCGCCAUUGUGAUUCGAGCGUUGCCCACAUGUGUUUCGCUGAAAAGCUGCGAAGAAUGCACCACAGCUCAGAUAAACUUCAACUGCACGUGGUGUGAGUCCGUUCAGCGAUGCUCUUCCGGGGUCGAUCGCCACCGCCAGACUUGGAUCAGUAACAAGUGCGAGGAGAACGUGACGCCGAAGGGCCACUGUCCCGCCACGGAUGGCCAUAACGCAUUGGCCAGCGCCGAUAACGCUACGAGGGGAUCGGGCGGUAGCGCCGGCCUCCAAGCCCUGUUCGUCAUAAUCGCUUUGGUUUUGGGAGUUUCCCUCUGGGUGUUUUACGCGUACCGGAACCCUAGGUCACCCAGUGGUCAAUUCCUAAUCAAGUACCGCCCUUCGCAAUGGAAACGUCACGGGGAAGCCAGAUACAUUGCAGCAGGCUCCCUACACAUGUAG